AACGAGAACGAGGCUAUAUCAAAAGCGCUCCAAGGCAUGUGCAAAAAAUAGCCUGGAAAACCAUCUACUGUUAUUAAUUAACAAAGUAAUGGACAAGAGCUUGCAGAAUUUUCUUGACAGCCAUACUGGAUUUCGACUGAAAAAUGACAAGACAAGAGUUGUUUGUAGCAUCACUGGUCAUGAACUGCCAUGCAAUUUGAAUGCCUUGGAAUGCUAUGUCAACAGUAAGAAGUACAAACAAUUCACAAAAAAUGGUACUUGUGACCUGUCAAAAGUUGAAGAAUUCAAAGAGUACUUGAUACCUAGUAAAAAAGGACAAAACAAGCUGUUCUGCUUGAUUACCAAGAAGGAGAUAAACAACAUACCAUCCCAUAUAGAGAAUCAUGUAACUGGACGAAAGUUUCAAAGAGAUCUGAAAAUAUAUAAGAAAAAACUUGAAGGUGUAGAGGAGUCCAGUGAUCAGGGACAAAGUCGAUCAAAAUUUUAUAAUGAAGAAAAACCGCCUACUGUCGCCGAAGAAGAAGAAGAGUCAGAUGAUGCAAUGAUGAUGGAAGAAAGAAUCGAGAAGCAAGAUGAAGAAUUCCUUGGGGGUAUUUGGGUCCCAAAGGGUAAGAUCACGGAAGACCAAGUUGCUAGUUGUGAAGAAUCAAUGGAUAUGGAUAUGAAAGAAGAGUGCACAAAAGAUGAUAAGCAAAAUAAAAAAGUAGCAAAAACAGAAAAAAAUAAACUAAAAAGAAAAUUCAAGCAGACAAAGAGAGAAAAACUAGUCAAGACAAUGAAUCAAAAGAAGAAGAAAUAGUCCCUCAAUUGUCUCUAGAUUUUUUCUAUGUUCACAAUGGUAUUUGAGCUGUUAAACAUAUUUUUUCAAUUAUCAUGGUAUUGAUAAAGAUAUAGUAUGGCUACUAAUAUAUGUCAGCUAGAAUGCAGCUUAUCUUAGUUUUCUCAACAUGUUGGGCUUUUUCUAGGACAUGGGGUUCAUCCAAAUUUGACCCUUGAUUGCCAAUCAUUGCCCAAUUAAUAUACAAGUUCUGUUUUGUGCAAGAUUAAGGGAUUAUAUUUGCGUCUUUAAGGUGAAAAGAGAAACAUGAUUCUGGGAAAGAUAGUAUUACUGUGAAGUUACAAGAUUUUGCAAAAUGUUUUAACAAAGAUGUAACAGUUUUUCCUAAACAUUCUUAUAUUGCCUCACUGUUGUUUACUGGUUAAUCCUAAUCUAAUAAAAAGAAGAAAAAGAAAUGCGGAAGACUUGUUAGGCCAUAUAUUGUGAGUUAAGGGUUGAGCGAAAACUUCCAGUAAGCGAGAGUGAAGGGUUUGCCGCCGAGGUAGGGCUACCUCAAGCAGCUCUGCUGAGCCCAAUCUUUUUUGAUAUCGUCAUUAUAGAUCAGCUCACCAAGCAAGGAAGGGAAGUACCUUGGUGGGCGGCGAUUCGUGAGAUUGGUGCAAGAGCUCAAGUGAAGUGUCUGAAGAACUUCCGGAGAAGUAGAGGAGCGCCAUUGAAGACGUGGUUAAAUUUCAGUCUGCGGAAGACUAGAGGACUUAUCUGUGGUUUGGAGGCUGUAGCUCUUGAUGUAACAAAGAGGCCAGAGAGAAAGCUUGAGAUAGUAGAAAUAAUAAUAAUUAAGUGGGUGACGGGGAUAACGAAAUUGGACAGAAAAAGGAAUGAGAUGGUGAGGAAGACAUUUAAGUAGGAAAUAUCUAAAAGAAGCUCGAAGUGUGAAGACUUUGAUUGUUUGGCCACGUAAAAAGGAAAGAUGAGGAACUGGGAGAAAAUUGAAGAGUGGAGCGUUUUAAUUGAAAUCAAGGAAGACCAAAGAGGGAAUGUAUGGAUUGCGUAUGGAAAGAAAUAUUGAACUGGAGACACAUGUCUUGAAUGAUGAAUUGCCUUUGUCAUUGUCAUUUAGCAAAAAAUAUCGUUAUGCAGCACAAGAUACUUGACAUCGUAUGCAGCUGUAUUUUAUGUGCUAAUAAGAAUUGCAAAUGCUCGAUACAAAAUUAAUAGGAGAAUAAAACUCGUAACAAUUAGGAAAAUUGUUACACAAAUGUAUAUCCAGUGGGCCGUACAACUUAACAUAUAUUUGAUACAUCUAUCUUAGCUUUGGAUUAUCCUUAAUUUUUUAAAAUACGUCCAACUACAGUGGAAUCCCAAUCUAACGAACUCUGAAUGAAGGGAACCAAGUUCGUUGUAUCAAGAGUUCGUUAAACCCGGAGAAAACUUUUCCGUUCUUUUCUCAGUUCAUGCUUUAAAACCUUCAAUUAGCUUGUUUAGGCUAUCUCCAACUACCCAUCAUAUUUUACUCCAAAAAACCAAGCUGAAUUCAAAUAUUUCUAAUAUUUCUAAUUGCACAUUAAUAUCUCUAUGUUCCUCUUAUGAUUUAGGACCAAGUGGUUGGCAAAAAUGUUAUCACUUCACUUUAAGUAGGCGGCUGAAUGAUGUCUUCGAUUACUUCACAUUGUUAGUUGUCCUUUUCUUUUCGCAUUCAAUUUUGGUCUCCCAAUAGAAUUUUAUCGUUGCUCAUAAAGGUAUUCGUUAAUUUCAAUGUACUCAUUCGCAGUAAUUUCUGACGCAAUCAAACUUUCAUCUCGUGCACUAAGUCUAUUGGAGCUGUCUAGUUUCCAUACUGCUCGACCUGAUGACGUAAUGAUUUUACCCUAAACCUAACCCUAAACCUAAACCUAACCCUAAAACUAACCCUUACCCUUUUCUUGAAAUAAUAAAUCGUGCUAAUUUAUGACUAUUAAUCAUACUUAUUUAUAACUAUCAGGUCGAGCAGUAUGGAAACUAGACAAUUCCGAGUCUAUCAGCCAGUGGUUGAAAUGUAUCACCGGUAUGUUUUGCCGAUUACAAAAAUGAUUCCCCCCGCCAAAAUGAUAAAUUAACACCGAAAACAAAAAAACAACAAUAAAAGAUAAAAAUUUAUGAAAAGUUCCUUAUAUCGAGGGUAAUUAUGAUGAAGGGACCUAAAAAUUGGUUCAUAAUAACGAGAGUUCGUGAUAUCCGGGGCUCGUUAUACCGAAAAAAUUUGUAAGGAAAUUGUUAGUCAGAAUCCAAGGGACUAGACAUUUAGUUCGUUAUACCGAGAUUUCGCUGCAUUAGUAUUCACGUUUGCCACCAACCGUAUUUACUAGAUUAUAAGCCUACCUCGUUUAUAAGCCGACCUCGUUUAUAAGCCGCCCUCGUCUAUAAGCCGCCCUUGACUGUAAUCCGCAGCAAAACUUGCCCAAAUAUAAUUAAAAGCGGAGAAUUGUA